CCAACCACCGGAAAAAGCAGAAACCGGAAGCUGCUUGCAUAUCUAGCUUGUUGUUGUUCUGGUGUGUGAGGUGGGUAUUUAAGGCUCUGCAGUAAAAGUGUCUUCACUUGAGUCUCUGGGAGAGUUGAGCAGCUAAAGAGACUAACUUUAAACUUUCUUCUCCUCAACAACUUGGUUCUUUCCAGAACCAGAGAAGACAUUCUGCAGUCUCUGUUGCAACCCGAGCUCCAAAAUAGCUGUUAGCUAAACACGGCUAAAUAAAACCUGCUACCAUUUCUGGGAUUUAUCGUGAUGUUCAUCAUCUGGACAGCAUGGAUACAGAAAUUCAGCAGGUGGUGCUAGUUAAAAAAGAAGCUUCUGAAGAACAGAGUGCUGGUGUGGACCAACGGGACCAAGAACACCUCCACAUAAAGGAGGAACAAGAGGAACUCUGGACCAGUCUGGAGGAAGAUCGUUUCCAUUUGAAGGACGAGAAUAAUGCUGCCUGGUUUUCAUUCACUGCUGUUUCUAUAAAGAGUGAAGAUGAUGAAGAUAAACCUAUGUUCACACAGCUUCUUCAGCAGCAAAUAGAAGACAGAGAUGGUCCAACCAGCAACUCAGCUGACCAGAUGACAGCAGAAACUGGUGGAGGAGCAGAAGCUAGCAGGAACCGUGAUCUGAACCCUCAUGACCAGUCAUCCAAUUCUUCAGAGACUGAAGUUAGUGGAGAUGAUGGAGAUGUUGAUGAUUUGAAUUUAGACACUGAGCUGUCAGACUCGGGGCCUGAAACUGGGGACAGAGACAAUGACUGGAGUGAGAACAGGUCUUCUGAGUCAGAUCUUAAGCCUGUCAACAAAUCCUUUAGCUGCCCUGAGUGUGGUGAACAAUUUCUCCACAAGUGGUCUCUCCAGAAACACGUGACAAGUCAUUCAACAGUAAGGUCUUCAGGUUGCGUGGUUAAUAAGAAAUGUAUCAGAAUAAAGCAACAUAUAGACAAGUGCAGGAAAGUCCAAACAAAACCAAAAUCAUUUAGUUGUGACGAUUGUGGAAAAAGAUUUGGGAGAAAGUCUAAUUUAAACAGACACAUGAGUGUCCACACAGGACAGAAACCUUUUGCCUGUGAGUUCUGUGGAAGAAGAUUUAGCCGAAAGACACAUUUAAACCGACACAUGCAAGUCCACGCAGGCCAGAAGCCUUUGGCCUGUGAAUUGUGUGGACAAGAAUUUAAAGAAAAGACAGAUUUAAAUGAACACAUGAGAGUCCACACAGGACAGAAACCUUUUGCCUGUGAGCUCUGUGGACAUCUAUUUAAUUCAAAGGCAUAUUUAAACCGACAUUUAAGAGUCCACACAGGACAGAAGCCUUUUGCUUGUGAGCUCUGUGGACACAAAUUUAGACAAAAGGCGAAUUUAAAUGAACAUAUGAGAGUCCACACAGGACAGAAACCAUUUGGCUGUGAGCUCUGUGAACAAAGAUUUAAUUCAAAGACACAUUUAAACCGACACAUGAGAGUCCACACAGGACAAAAACCUUUUGCUUGUGAGCUCUGUGGACAAAGGUUUACCCAAAAGACAAAUUUAAACGCUCACAUGCGAGUCCACACAGGACAAAAACCUUUUACUUGUGAGCUCUGUGGACAAAAAUUUAGCCAUAGUUCUAGCCUAAACAGUCACAUGAGAGUCCAUACAGGACAGAAACCAUUUGCCUGCGAACUCUGUGGACAAAGAUUUAGCUAUAAGAGAGGUUUAAACAGUCAUUUGAGAGUCCACACAGGAAACAAGCUUUUUGCCUUGGAACUUUGUUGAAGCAUAUUUAAACAGAUAAAUGAGGGUCCACAGGUGGACACAAAUAACAUAUUUAACUGCCAAGUUUACCGAAAAAGGGACCAUUGUUGUUUAUACAUCCCAUACUUCAUAGCUACACUACAUAUACCAAACCAGGGGUUGGCUACCCACGGCUCUUUCAUCUAUCUGAUACAGCCCUCUGUGCUUGUAAAAGAAUGAAUGAAUAUUUAAUUAAAAUGUAUUUUAUUUUACUGCAUUCAUUUUUUUCUGUAUGCCAAUUCUUAAUGUAAAGAUGGUCAUCUUUUAAAACCGACCGCUCGCUGUCCACCUUACGUGCGCACUGACGGUGAGCUAUACAGAGUCCAGUAUAAUGCUCAGAUGUUCCGAUGGGAAUAUUUUCUUGGUUUAUUUAUGCCUGGGGCACACAGAAGACAGAUGCGCUGCGCCACAGAAGCACAGCUGUUUUAGAAAGUCAAAUGGUCACAUAGGACUUGCUAGGCCGCCGAACGCUUCUUGGAAAAUCGGGCGAUAGUCAAAACAUCACGCGGAACUACAACAAGAAGCUGAAAGGGAUUUUUUUGUUUAAAUGAGAUCAGACUUACCAUUGUGUUUUGUGAGACACUAAUUCAUUAAAAAUGGGUAAGUACGCUAUUUAUUAGAAUAUUUUAAGAUCAGUAGUACUUUAAAGUUUUCAAUACUGUAAUCAAGUAGCAUUUAUGAGUUCAUCCAUGUUUUGGCGGUUGGGUUUGUGCAGUAGAGCCGCUCUGCAUCAUAAUGUCUGUUGUAAAGUACUCCAGAAUGUUGUAAACAGCUAUGCCACGAUGCUUGAAAUAAAACAGGCACCUAUCUUCA